AUGAUGGAUGGAUAUCAUGGCUCGUUUCUUGAUCAGGACAUGCAAGUGCCACCAAACAAGCGCUUCCGACCGGAUCCCGCCGUCGAUCCCACAAAUCCCGACCCGUCCAUCGUCGUCCAUGUGCGCAACCUAUGCAGUCGAGCUACAGAGGCUGAUCUACUUGAGGCACUAAGCGCUUUUGGACAAAUUGCUUAUGCGACUGUAAUGCCAAACAAAAGGAUGGCUUUAGUGGAAUUUGAGAGUAUCGAGGCAGCCAAACAAUGCGUCAAUUUUGCAGCCACUAAGCCGAUAAAUGUCGCCGGAGUUCCAGCACUUUUCAAUUACUCAACCUCUCCUAUGAUUCAAAGAUUAGGAUUGGAAAGUGAGCGACCGAAUCACAUCUUAAUUCUUACUGUGUACAAUGCGCAAUACCCAAUUACUGUUGAUGUUAUUCAUGAGAUUUGUGAGCCGCAAGGACCUGUCAAAAGGAUAGCGAUUAUUAGACGCACUAUGUUACAGGCGCUUGUCGAAUUCGAUAAUGUUGAAACAGCGAAAAAGGCUAAAUAUGCAAUGAAUGGAGCCGACAUUUAUUCAGGAUGUUGCACUUUAAAAGUCGAAUUUGCAAAGCCCGAUGUGGUGAAAGUGACGAGAAACGAUGAGAAUCAACGGGACUACACUCGUCGUGAUCUUCCCACUGGGCCAGCGGAUCCAGCUGUUGGUGGUGGCUUCAGAAAACCGCCUUUGAUCGCCGGAGGAGGAAAUGCUCCACCACAAGGACAAUCCCAACCCUACGAUCAAUACAAUCAAGGGCCACCGAGAAAUGAAUAUGGAAAAGGAGGCCCAGCAAGAAGGGAUCCAGGAUAUGGGGAUAAUUACGGUCGAGAUCCUGGACAAGGAUAUGGAAACAAUGACUACUAUGAUCACAACUCGAGUUCGAGUCGUGGAGGAUACAACAGCGGAUACAGCGGUGGACAUGGUGGAUACGAUCAGAACUCGCGCGAGUUUGGCCCUCCAAAAUUGCCUGGCGGAAGCCCAGUGAUCAUGAUUUAUGGAAUCACACACGAAGCAGUCAAUUGCGAUAAGAUUUUCAACAUUUUAUGUCAAUAUGGAAAUGUGGAACGAGUGAAAUUCAUGAAGAAAAAGACUGAUACAGCUAUGGUUGAGAUGGGACAACCAGCACAGGUGACUUCUGUGCUACAAUUCUUGCAAGGAAUGGAGAUGUUUGGAUGCAUUUUGACAAUUCGGCCAUCAAAGCAAAUGGAGGUACGAGAACAGGGAGCUGUCUUCUCGAUGCCUGAUGGAUCACCGUCUUUCCGAGACUACUCAAACUCAAGAAAUCAGCGAUACUCAACUCCAGAGCUGGCCUUUCGGAAUCGCGUCUGUGCACCGACAAACACGAUUCAUUGGUUCAAUGCACCGGUGACAAUGACUGAGGACAAGAUUGUUGAUCUAUUCGUGGCUUCUGGUGGUCCUCAACCAGCAAAAAUCCUUGUCAAUCAGGGACGAUCCGAGAAAAGCAAAGCCGGCACCGCUGAAUUUAAUUCGAUUCGAGAAGCUAAUGAGGCUUUGGCACUCGCCAAUCACACACCGGUUGCUACGACGAUUUCCCGAAUGCCUUUUAUCGUCAAAAUGGCUUAUUUUGCGCCGGGUCCAAAAUUUCAUGGAGCUCACGCUCAACAAGAUCAU